CCCGAAACUGCCGUUGAUAUUCGAGACAUCAUCCUCGAACCACCGACAACUAACCCGUACGACAAUUUGAAGGCUGAGCUCAUCAAACGCACCUCGGUAUCCGAGCAUCAACGGCUCCAGCAGCUACUAACAUCUGAAGAGCUGGGCGACCGCACACCAUCCCAGCUACUGCGACGUCUUCAACAACUUCUUGGAGAGCGGGCAGCGACAUUCGACCCCGCCCUGUUGCGGGAGCUCUUCUUGCAAUUGGCGGACACCGUGAUGGAAGUCGCUGCACCGCAAGUCGCUGCCCCGCAAAUCGCUCCUAUUGCGGCCACGCAAUCACAUCUGCUCGGUGCACCGGCAAACAUCUCUGCCGCUGAAACAACGGAGGAUUCUUUUCGCACGGAUAUCCAACAAGCGAUCAAAGCCCUCACCGCCCAAGUAGCCGCGCUCACUUCACGUUCACGAUCGGAACAUAGCCAGCGUCCCGCCCCCCAGUGCAGCGCGGGUAGGGAGACCGAGGGUCGGAACACCAUUCACCACGGCAAGCACUGGUUGGGCUUGGACCAAAAUAAGUUCUAG